CAACAACAAAACGUCAACGCGGGCAGAGCGGUUUUGUGCUAUUUCAUACGACGAAAACAAAGCAACACGACCGUUCGUCGGACGGAAAAAUACUGCUUAAAAACGUUCUUCUCGUCUAAAAUAUCUGGGAAAGCGUCGAACCGCUCCUGAGUGUGUGUGUUUGUGUUUACACAAUGAUCACCAAAAUGUCCCGCGAGGCGGUGCUCUCGCUCAUGGAGCGUAAAAAAGAGCUGGAGGCUCAGAUCGAACAGCAGGGACUGAUCCUGAGUGCGAACCGGAUCGGGAUGCACGAGCCACUGGUGGACGGCGAGGGCUACCCGCUCAGCAACGUAGACGUGUUGUCGGUGCGCAAAGCACGCCACACGAUCCUUUGCCUGCAGAAUGAUAGGAAAAAAAUAAUACAGCAGAUCGAAAAGGGCAUUGCACAGGUCUUUGAAGCGGAACAAAGCGCGCCGGCAAACAGGCAGCAGCAGCAGCAGCAUCACCAGAACCUGCCGAAUGAACCGAUGGAGGUGGACGGUGACAGAACGGCCAGCAGCGCGCCGGAACCAUUCGCGGUGGUGGAAUCGGUCGUACCCGGACAGCUUGCAGAUCGAAUGGGCAUUGCCGUCGGGGAUCAGAUUGUGCAGGUUGGAACGGUCAAUGCCCGUAACUUCAAGACGAUGAACCAGGUACAGUCCGUGAUUGCUAAUAUGCAGGGCAGAAAGCUUCACCUGGUAGUACGCAAAGCGACAUCCGGCCAGGUGGCGACCAUCGAGCUGGACCUGACUAGCGGCAGCCGGUUGGGAAUUUUCAUGAAACCACGCUAGUUGCCCGUGUUUAGGUGAGAUCUGUUUUGUGGGGGGGCCGACACUUUGUGACACACGAUCCAACGGACAGCUUUCGAUUUCUGUCUAUACGGUAGGACACUAAACAAUUAGCGCAAAGAACUGAAAAGAAAUUAUAUUCAGCUACCGGUAGAUGCCACAAAGUAAUCGGCAAAGACAGGGAGAAAUCCAUUCUAGCAGUCAGUUGGCUGUGUAUUUGUGUUUGCAGGUCAAACUGAGUUAGAAGCGAUGAUUCGAAGGUUGAUGAUUGAUGGAUGAAGUAGGUAUAGCGUAAAAAUGGAUGCAUAACAGAAAAUUGAAUGGUGAAGAGCAUUAACAUUAAUUUGGUAAAAACCUAUAAUGUGUUUAUUUUUCUUUUUUUCUGGCUAUCUUCACCAAAUGAAGUGGCCAACAUCACAAGCUUUCCUGUUUUUUUACCUAUACGAGUCUAAUAAUCACUUCUUGCUACACAUGUUUCAAAUCUAUCUGUUUUAAGAACCAGUUUCUUUUAUUUACAUAACCCAAUAAGCUAGGUCAGGCCUUGGUUUAUCUUUUUGGCACUUUUGCUCUUGGUGAAUCAUGUGGUAGCUAUUCAUGUGGUGUCGGUUUGUAACGUUUUUUUGUUUUACUUUAAAAAAAGAAUAUUAAAAUUUGCUGUAAUCUAAAAUUAAUGUAUAGGUUAUCAGACGUUAUACUGUGCACUGUUAAAUCUCUUUUCCAAAUUAGUUUGCGUUUGCGUGGUCAUAAGCGAAAAAUAUAUCCGUCAUCCUCGCUCUAUGGAAUCCCUUACACAGGAAGCCCUUUUAUCAUUAUGUUUUAAUUUCGAUAAAACGAUCCAAUUGCUUAGCUUUUUUUAUUUCAUCAUGGCAAAAUCAAACAAAAAACUGUACGAAAUUGAAGACUCUUUUGGGAAUAAACAGUAUAAGAGAAGCUACAUACUAGUGGUGUGCUCUCUGUAACGCACUCACACAACUCCGAUCGAAUCAGGAGGCGGAUCGGAGUCCACUUUGGAUUUUUGCCAACUUUACCCCUUCUUCUAUUUGGCGUAACGCCCUACGAGGACAUGCCGGCUCUAUACAGGCUUUCGAGACUUAAUUUAUUACCACACACAGCCGGAUACAGUUAGGUCCUUGCUACGGGGGGGAACGGUACAUCUAAGACUUGAACCCAUGACCUCCCAUGACGGGAGUCAUUCGAGUUGACGAAUGUACCACGUGAUUGCCCCAACUUUAACACAUGGAAGCAGAGCGAUAGUAGAAGAGAAAAGCUCAGUUGGUUAAAUUUGAGGCAAACAUUUCCAGUCCUGUUUUUUUUUUCUAGUAAUGCAAUAUGUUUUUUAUCUAGUUAUCUUAGAAUAAAAAGUGUUGUAAUUUGUA